AUGGAGCUUUAUGGUGUUGCCACCAGGUGGCGCUAUGCCCAUUUCACGUUGUUAUCCGCCAUAUUAAAACAGACGAAGAAGAAGCGUUUGUUGACCUCACUGCAGCAUCUGCGGUUUUGUUUGCAGCUCUUCACAUGUAAGUGUAAGCUUACUUUCGAGCCUGCAAACCUGGGGAGUCUGCGUGUGCUGUACCAGAGCGACGACUACAUUGUGGUGGAUAAGCACUGGGACAUCCGCAUUGACAGCAAGAUGUGGUAUGAGAAACACACCGUGCAGGCUCAGCUCCGCCACCGCUUCCCUCAGCUGGCAGACCCUCGCACCUACUAUGGAUUCAGGUUCUGUCAUCAGUUGGAUUUCUCAACUAGUGGGGCUCUUUGUGUUGCCCUCAACAAGGCUGCUGCCGGCCGGGCAUACCGCUGCUUCAAAGACCGCACUGUCACCAAAGCCUACCUCGCCCUGAUUCGUGGCUGGGUGGAAGAAGGGAUUCAAACUCUGGACUUUCCCAUUGGGAAGAACUCUUCAGAGGGAAAAACACAUAUGAUGUGUAUUGAGGGAACAGAAGGUUGUGAGAACCCCAAGCCUUGCCAGACUGAGCUGAAGGUGUUGGAGUAUGGGUUGUAUGAUGGAGACCCCGUUACCAAGGUGCUGCUGCAGCCACUCACUGGCCGAACCCACCAGUUAAGGGUCCACUGCAGUGCAAUAGGCCACCCCAUCGUUGGGGACUUUACCUACAGCUCGGGGGCGGACAAUGCUCCUUACCGCAUGAUGCUGCACGCCCACCUCCUCCACAUUCCCCUGGACCCUCUGCCUCUGCUUGUCUCUGCAGGAGACCCCUUUCUCCCCACGGUAGAUCCCAAGUGGCUCCCCCAACGCUCGUUACGGACCCUGACAGCCACUGUGGAGGCCCUGCUGGAGCACAGGGUGGAGGAGGACAGGAGGAUUAAAGAGAGGAGAGAGAGAGAGAGAGUGAGACAAGAGGAGGAGAGGACAAAACACAGGCAGGACCAAAGGACUGAGGAGGAGAGUGAGGACCAGAGGAGACAGUGUCAGGACUGGCUGAGUGAAUGGGCUGGAGACUGAUGGA